GAUACCCCACGACCGAGUUGCUAUUUGCUCUGCAUCGCCGGCAUCCCCACGGCCGCACGUAAGGCGGAGGUGGCGAUAGCCUCGGAAGCAUACGGCAGGGGUGGAUCCACCGAACAGCGCGGUGCGACAACGACAAUGGCCUCUCACAUGGCGGCUGCGGCUCACGGUGGCGGUGGCUACAACAACCCGCCGCCGUCGACCCUCGCGGCCCAGCUCGUCGAGAACAUUGCUGUAUCGUCGGUGCAUUCCUCACGCUCAGACGAGACCCAGGAGCUGCAGAAGUUCUUCACCGUGAUCGAGCGAUUCAAGAACGACCCGAACUUGCUCAAAACGACAGCCGAACGGGUCGAGCAUAAUCACAUGCUCAUAUACGUUUACUGCCGCGUCGCGCUGGACGGCCUUAAGUGGGAUGACCCGUUUGCGGACCGAGCGCGGCUCAAGGCCGAGGCUCUCAAGACCGCCAACUUCAUCCGCGUUACAAUCCGGGAGACCCCCGCCGUGCUCGCCUUCGUUCCGGACGAGGGCGCCUUCUUGUUCCGCCGCAGCGAGCCACUCUGGCUAUGGGUACUGCCCAAGAUUCUGAAAUUGCUUGGAAGUGAACGAUGCAUCGAGAUCUCGUCCGUCAUCGAGUCCCUCUGCGAGUUUAUCCUCGGCACGGUGAAUCGGGCCGGGUCGCUGUGGGGCGAAACAAACCCAAUGAUUUGCUACUUUCAGACGAGCGUGAACUCUCUCCUCAGCUAUCUUUCCACUCGCUCCCCUCACGUACACUCUGCUAUCUCGCUCGAGUUACCUUCGAAGACCGCUCCUUCAGACACAUACUCGGGAAAUGGCCCUCCGCCAUUCAGAGGAUGCACAUAUCGAGUCACCAGUGUAAAGCACGCUGCCAGACAUGCCUGUGGCCUUCUAAACUUGCUCAGCACGGCUGUUUCGUCCUCCAGGACCAGUCCGGCCCUGUCGGCAGCUCUACGACAAACUGUGCCGUGGUUGGUCGAUUCGCUCCAAGAAUUUCAUGCUAUCCAGGCCAAGUGGGGCCAGGAAGGGACCCUCGAGAGCGAUACUACUUCUGCGGUUCAUUGCCUUCUCAAGCUGGCCACACUGCAUGAAAACGUCGAUAUCGUGCAGGCAGGUGUCCACCACAAGAUUCUCAAUGUACUGGUUUUAAUCUGCGGCCGGUGCUUGGAUUCGACGGCGGAGCUGCUACUGCCCGACGAAAAUGGUGUUGCCAUAAGAAAGACAUUCUGUCUCGCCAUGGUUCAGAUAGCUCAUUCGGUUAUGAGGUAUAAGCCGGUCAGCAGGCUGGCUGCCUCCCAGCUGCUCAACCCUCUCGGCAAUUUAACUACACAUCACGAGAUCCUAGGUCCUGGCACCGACUUCUCGCGUUGUAUGGAGCUGCUCACGAGCGCCCUGUCAUGUACGGGUGUCGACAGCUUCCGCCCCGAUAUCACACUAGAGCAGUUCGUCGACACAGAUCUCCGACAAACUGUCAGCCGGCUGAAGCUUCACUCACCAGCCCCGCUUGCUUCCCAGCCCGUGACCAAGCGGAGGAAACUCUCCUCCGAGCCGGCCAUGCUGCGUUCUAUCAUUGCUCUCAUCUGCAAGAUCUUCCAAGCUGAUGCCCUGGAGGAUUACGAACACAUACAGAACCUUGUCGUUCUCGGUUACUCUGCCCUCGAAGGAAACGACGCCUGCCGUGUGCUCGACAUGAUCGCUCAUGUCGCGUGUGCGGCCGACAACACUCUGGCAUUGGUCAGCGAGCCAAUGUCCGAGUCGAAUGGCCUUAGAUGUUCCUUUUGCUCAGACCCAGGAAGACCUCAACGGACUCCGCAGCCUCUUGACAGGGCUGCAAAGCUGAUGGCCGUGACUACUUUCACUCGCAUACUUAAGCUGCCCGCCUUCCACAACUCACGCAAGCCUCGGGUUGUUGCCAUGAUGGCAAUGAGAAGGCUAGUGGCUCAUUUUCAAGAACCAGACCUUCUGGACCUCGAGAAGUCCGCUCCUGGACACUGGUGUCUCCAGUCGCUGAACAGCUCCAUACGAGAGCUGCGGAUUGCUGCCGGGAGGACACUGGCCGCCUUUUUGAGAAAUCGAGAGUUGGCCACGCCUCGAAUAUGGGAUGUCGUCAAUGGCAACAAGUCAAUUGCUCUGGGUGUUCUCAAAACCCUCUCAGACAAGGACGUCGCGCAUCUGAACGAAACAUGCAUCAUGGCAUGGGGCCAGAUGGGAAUAGUCGUCUCUGAUAAGGAGCUGAAUCUGGUUAUUGUGCAGCUCCUAGACUUCCUAGGCCACCGCAACACCAUCGUAUCGGCUUUCGCCUUCAACGAGGUCCUGAAUCUCGCAAGUGCCCGAAACACGACUCCGCGACGGCUUUUCGAGCCGUUCUGGAAGAGUAUCGCGUUCACCACGGUGAAAGACAUGAUCGCCAGACCACAGACCACCAGACUUACUGCAGAGAUACUGCAGCUUAGCGUGGCUGAGCACUUGUUGCUUGUCCAGCAGUCCGCUCUUCCCUGGCUGGUCCUGACUAGAAAGAAGGAAGUGAUACAGAAGAUUGCAGAGGCGCGCGGAGAGACGGAGGUUUGGAAGCCUUGCCUGGAUAAUGCCAACCUGAGCUAUAUCCUCGCUUUGUUGCUGGUCCAGGAAGCGCCGAACAUCCAGGAAUUCGUUCUGUCGACGCUCCGGCACAUCUCGUCCCAUUUCAACAACAUCACCUUCCAGGCCCUGAUCGGCUCAGAAACAGUCCUCACUGUGCUGGAAUUGCUCAGGGACGCUGGAGAAGCCAGCGAAGAGCGGAGGGAGCGGAUCCGGCUUGCGUUGCACGCCAUGGCCUCUAUCCUGAUUGACGGCAAGCAGAUGAAGGUCAAAAAGAAGACGCUUGUCGCGCGGUUUCUCCAAGCACAUGCCCUCGGACUCACAUCUAACCUGGCCGGGGUUAUCAACGACGGGUCCUCGCGGCAUUACCCUGUCCACGAGCAAAAGAGAUCGAUCCGAGCGAUGGAGGAGAUGAUCAAGAUGUGCACAUCCCUCAUCAGGAUUGCUCGGCCCCAGAUCUCUGCCUUUUUGCUCUCUGCCCUUUGCUACAACAAGCUCAGAGCCAGUGCCUUUUCUUGCUGGGCCGCCCUUCUCAUGAAUGUCGACGACGAAGACGUUCAUAUCUUGAUUGGAAUGACAUUCUUCAUCAUCGGCAACUACUGGGACACGCUUGACGAUCCGACAAAGGACGUGUGCAAGAGCAUGCUCGAUCGACUGCUCACCAAGAAACACGGCCUACUAGAGGCCAAAAUCAACGAGCUUCCGUCCUUCAGCCACCUGCCUGGUCUCGCCGAUGCCGAGAGUCGCCUCAAUGAGCUGAGGAAACCACUGGAAAGCCGGACGUCUUUUAUGAUAUUCUCGAAACGGCUGGGCAACGAAAUUCCUGGUGUUGUACUACAGGCGCUGACAGAGCUAUCGGCAUACCUGCGCAAACACCAAGCGUUCCUUCAGACCUCAGCCAUUGGCGAGCAGCCGGAUAUGGCUGCGACGACGCUUCUGCGGGCUUUGCUGGACUGUGCGUCCAAGUACAACGGGGUCCAGCCCGAGAUCGGCGGCCUUUGCGUCCAGUGCCUGGGAAGCAUUGGUUGUCUCGACUCCAAUAGACUUGAAGUUGUACGCGAACAACGUGAGUUUGUGAUACUGCAAAAUUUUGAAAUGGCUAGCGAGACGGCAGACUUUGUCCUCUUCAUCUUGGAGGAGGUUCUGGUCAAGGCGUUCCUUUCGACGACCGACACCGGCUUCCAGGGCUACCUGUCCUAUGCUAUGCAAGAGCUCCUCGACAAGACAAACUUCAAGGCUGCAUGGGCAGAAAACGGAGCUGAGAGGAGCCAUGAACUCGAGAAAUACUUGAAACUCCCCGAGCACGUCAGGGAGGUGUUGGCGCCUUUCAUGACCUCGAGAUACCGCGUCAAGCCUAUCGCGCAGCAGACCAUCGAGUACCCCAUCUUCCGCCCGAGCAAGCCGUAUGCAAACUGGCUGCGAUCCAUCGUCACCGAUCUGCUGCACAAGGGCCAGAAUCCGUUCGCGGGGAUCCUCUUCGAGCCUCUGCGCCGGCUCAUCAGGGUCAAGGAGCUCACAGUUGCCGAGUUUCUGCUGCCCUACCUGGUUAUCCACAUCGUCGUGAGCGAUGAUAAUGUCAAGGCUGACCGAGAGCGCGUGCUCAAUGAGCUGCGGGACAUACUUUUGCUAGAGCUCCCGGAGAAUGCGUCUUACGCGGAGAGGGAAAACAUGAGGCUCUAUUGCGAGGCCGUCUUCCGCGUGCUUGACUACUCGACGAGGUGGCUGCAGAUGCGAAAGGUUCAGAUUACCAGUCAACGAGAUGCACGACAACGGGAGCCGCCGGCGCCCAGCCCAGAGAUCAAACGUGUGGAGCAGUUGAUCAAGGCGAUCCCGGCGGACUUGAUUGCGCGUCGAGCCAUGGACUGCGGGCAAUACGCAAGGGCUCUCUUCAACUUGGAGCCGCACGCGACUAAGAUGCGCAACAAUCCCGAAGCGGACAAGGAGGAGACAAACCGGCUACUCUCGGAACUGCAGUAUAUAUACACGCAGAUUGACGAGCCGGACGGCCUCGAAGGCAUCUCGGCCAGGCUGGGUGUCGUCGAUCUCAACCAGCAAAUCCUUAGCCAUAGGAAGGCCGGGAGAUGGUCGCAGGCACAAGCCUGGUAUGAGCUCCGACUAGCGGAGGAGCCAAACAACGUCGAGGUCCAGCUUGAUCUCCUGACUUGCCUCAAAGAGUCGGGCCAGUACGACGUCCUACUAAACUAUGUCGAGGGUAUUAUCAAGACCCCGGCGACCAUCAACCGCAUUGCACCGUUUGCGGUAGAGGCGUCCUGGGCGACGGGCAGAUGGGAUACAGUACAGAAGUACUUGAGUUCCUACGCAGGCGAUGUCACUGAGGUCUUCAAUCUUGGCAUUGGACAAGCUUUGAUGUGUCUUCGAGAUGGCAGACAGGACCAGUUUGCCGAGUACGUCCACCUGCUCAGAGACAAGGUCAGCGCGUCCAUGUCGCACUCGACCACCUCCUCGCUGCAGGCCUGCCACGAUGCCAUGCUCAAAGCCCACGUGCUCACCGACCUGGAGUUCAUCGCCGAGCGGAGCGCGCAGCCAGCCGACCCAGCCCAGGGGCCCGACCAUCAGGAGACUUCAACAACUCUAAGCCGCCGCCUUGAGGUGAUUGGUGCAUACGUAAACGACAAGCAGUAUCUACUGGGAAUCAGGAGGGCGGCGAUGGAGCUGAUGCGUCCGCAGUUCGGAGACAGGGACAUCUCAUCGCUUUGGCUGACCGGCGCCCGGCUGGCGAGAAAGGCUGGAUCGAUGCACCAGUCCUUCAACGCAGUUCUCCACGCGCACCGUCUGGGCGACGACUCGGCCACCAUCGACAACGCUCGGCUCUUGUGGAAAGAGGGGAACCAUCGGAAAGCCAUACAGGUGCUGCAGAGCGCCAUCUCCAGCAACAACUUCAUCGGCCACAGCCUGGGAACUUUGGUGCCCACAUCCAGCAAGAGCCAAGAGACCCAGAAGCAGCUCGUGACGGCACAGGCACAUCUGCUCUUGGCCAAGUGGCAGGACUCUGCAGGUCAGACACACGCCAGCGCGCUGCGCCAGCAGUACCAACUUGCCGCCAAGACGCACCUCCACUGGGAGAAGGGUCAUUACUACCUCGGCCGCCACUACAAAAAGGUGCUCGAAUCCGAACAGGCACUAAAGCCCAUGGACCAGAGUGAUGAGUUUCUGAGCGGAGAUACUGCGAGGCUCGUGAUCGAAAACUACAUCCGGUCUCUCAACUAUGGAACCAAGUACCUAUUCCAGACACUCCCACGCAUUCUUACCCUGUGGCUCGAGCUCGGAUCCCAAGUGGACAAGCCGACGUUGGAAGGGAAGAUUUCGCCCUCAAAAGAGCUGCAGCAGCGGAGAAAGAUGACGCUGGAGGCCUUGCACAAGUACUUGGAACGGCACAUGCAGAAGAUGCCCGCGUACAUAUUCUACACGGCGCUGCCGCAGAUGGUGGCGCGCAUCGCACACCCCAACGCCGGGGUCUUCCGGGUUCUGCAUGCCAUCAUCGUCAAGGUGGUCGAAGCCCAUCCGCGCCAGGCGCUCUGGUCGCUCUUCGGCAUCAUGACGACGAAGACGUCGUCGGACCGGAAGGAGCGGGGCUUGGAGAUCAUCCGGUCGCUGCAAAAGGCUAAAAAGGUGGACGGCACCGGCUACGACCUGCGGCAGCUGAUCCGCUCUGGGGAGAAGCUUGCGAACCAGCUCCUUCUUGCCUGUCAGAACGGAGACUUUCAGAGCAACCGGACGACGAUGGCCAGCCUCAAGAAAGACCUGAAUUUCAACCCCAAGUGCACACCCUGCCCGCUAGUUGUACCCAUCGAGACGUGCCUCACACCGACACUGCCAGCGUUGACGGACAACGUACGAAGGCACGCGGCGUUCAGCCAGGACCUCGUCUCGAUACAAGGGUUCAUGGAUGAAGUGCUUGUGCUCAGCUCGCUGGCCAAGCCCCGGAAGCUUCUGGCACAGGGCUCCGACGGGCGGAUAUACGGGCUGAUGGUGAAGCCCAAGGACGACCUGAGGACGGACCAGCGGCUGAUGGAGUUCAACGGCAUGAUCAACCGGUCGCUGAAGCGGGACGCGGAGAGCAGCAGACGGCAGCUGUACAUUCGGACGUACGCGGUGACGCCGCUCAACGAGGAGUGCGGCAUCAUCGAGUGGGUGGAUGGGCUUAAGACGCUGCGCGACAUUCUGCUGACCAUCUACCGGGCAAUGGGCAUCACGCCAAACUACAACGUGCUCGGGCAGAUGAUGAAGGAUGCGACGGCCAUGGAAGGGCGCAACGUGCGCAUCUUCAGCCAGGACAUCCUGGGCAUGUUCCCGGCGGUGCUGCCGCUGUGGUUCAUGUCGCAGUUCCCGAACCCGUCGGCGUGGUUUGCGGCGCGGCUCAAGUACACGCGGUCCUGCGCCGUCAUGUCCAUGGUGGGCACGAUCCUGGGGCUGGGCGACCGGCACGGCGAGAACGUGCUGCUGCAGCAGGGGGACGGCGGCGUGUUCCACGUGGACUUCAACUGCCUGUUCGACAAGGGCCUGACGUUCGCGACGCCGGAGCGGGUGCCGUUCCGGCUGACGCACAACAUGCAGGCGGCCAUGGGCAUGUGCGGGCACGAGGGCGCGUUCCGCAAGUGCUCGGAGCUGACGCUAAGCAUCCUGCGGCAGCAGGAGGAGACGCUCAUGACGAUCCUCGAGGCCUUUGUGCACGACCCGACGCUGGACCUGCAGAAGGAGAAGAAGAACCGGGCCAACAUGGGCGGCGGCGGCGUGCGGCUGAACCCGCGGAGCGUGGUGGAGAGCAUCCGGCGCAAGGUGAGGGGCCUGCUGCCAGAGGAGAGCAUCCCGCUCGGGGUCGAGGGCCAGGUGGAGGAGCUGAUCAAGCAGGCCAUCGACCACAAGAACCUGACGGCCAUGUACAUUGGGUGGUGUCCGUUCCUUUGAUGCGGUGUACGGAGGGUGUGUGUAUUUUCUCCUCGUUCCAGUAGUGUGUUCAGAAGUAGCGCAUAGUGUUCACCCCAAUCAACAUUCAUGAAUGCUGUACUCGAUAGUGCU